AUGGCGUCCGGUGUGCAGGCCGAAGACGAAAAAGCCCACGUGAAAAGAUACAUCGCACGCGUCGUCGACUCCUCCCCCUCCCCCUCAGAAAAUGUCACCGCGGCUGACAUCGUGUCGCGCAACCUUCAACGACUCCCCUCGCCCGACCGUCGCCAGGUCCUCGAUGGCCUCAUGAAAGAGGCCCCGAAGCUCAAAGGCAUUCAAAACGAAGUACGAGAACAUCGAGCCCAUCUCCACCGCGCAACGCGACGCGACGCGCAAUUGACCUACCUCGACAAGGCUUGGGGUGGUCGUCAGAACUGGGCGAAUCCGACGUAUAUGCCACGUAUCACGGAAAAGGUAUCCAUCAGUACAACAGCGCCUCUCACAACAAUUACCAAGCUGGCGGUCAAGCAUCAGAUUGAGUUACCUAGUCUUUGGCAGCCCGGCGGCGAAUUGCAUGAUGCCUCGUUUGCAUACGGUGAGCACAUACUCACCAAGGAUAAGGCUGCUGCGGCUUUGCGUGCCUUCAAGUUGCGAAUCGGGCAAUUAGACGGUCCUGAUCUGGACGCCCGUGACAAUGAGCCCGAAUUGUCGGCGCCGGAGUCGGAGGAUGAGGAGGAUGAGGAGGAUGAGGAGGAGGAGGAGGAACAGGAGGAGGAGGAAAAGGAGGAACAGGAGGAACAGGAGGAACAGGAGGAAAAGGAGGAAAAGGAGGAGGAGGAGGAUCGUGCUGCUAAACGCCUGAAGCACGCCGUCGAACGCACUCCAUCCGUCGAGAUUGGCCGCCGCGUUUACAUACCAGCCUUUGACCAUCGCGAUGAAUUGUUUUCGCCUGAACGGCAAGUCCCUCGGGAUGAUGAUGAUGAUGAUUACUACGUGGAUCUUCCUGAUGGCGCCUCCUCUCCCCACCCGCGCCUCUCAAUCUCGCCAAUCCGCCGCCACCAAUCCUCUGCCUCAUUCAUUAUUGAUGAUGAUGUCGUCGCCCCUGUCGACGAAGCAGAGCCCAGCCAAACGACUUCACAACGCGCCCAACAACAACUCCGCGAUCCCACUGCACAGCUGACGGACGACGUGCUGAACUUGCUGCUCCAACACAUCACCCGCACCAGCAGAACCCCAGGCGCAAAAGUCCUCGACCCUCUAUACGUCCAAGUCGACAGCCAAGAGUCCCACCAACCUCCCGCCGGUCUCGCCAGACUCUGCGAGUCGAACAAGGUCAUCUAUAUCCCCCUUCACCACCAGAGCCAAGGCGGACAUUGGAGCCUUGCCGUGUUGCACCCCGAGCAAGCUUGCAUCGAGCACUAUGACAGUCUCCAUAGUCGACAACGGGAAAGUCGGAUCCAGGGCUGUUUCGAGACCAUGCUUGACGUUCAAUCUGUACAGCUUUCUCGCAUGUCUUGUCCUCAACAAGCGGAUUCUAUCAAUUGCGGUGUGUUUGUUGUCUGCUUCCUCGGCUUUCUACUCAACAAGCUUCCCUUUCCGACAUCGCUGGACCCAGCACCUACGAGACAGAAGCUCCUAGACAUGGUUGUCGAUCCACAACGUGAGCCAAGUAUUUCUACUGGGAAUGUGACUUUACGGAAAGGACAACGUCAGCCAGCUGUUUCUACUGCGCAAAAGCCCAUGGAUCUCGGGGUUCAGGUUCUAGAAACAGGUUCCGGACCAAGCGAUGUUCUCGGUGCCACUGAACAUACUCCACCACGAACACUCCGGUCGAUCCCCCAAGUCCGAGAACGCAUCGCCCGGCUUGAGAUUGACAUCGACACCCUAUCAGCUCGUCUUGACCCCCUCAUCCAGAGGAACGCCAUCUUCAAUACGGUCCCGAGAGCCCUCGCAGCCAUGGAAGAAGCAUUGAACAAGGCGCCGCAAUUCGGCACCCCUGGCUCUUUCUGGAAGUCUGAAGAGGAAGCUGGCCGUGCAAACAACUUACUUGCCGCAUAUCGUGCAGUGGAGGCCUUGGCUGGCUGUGGUCCACAGAGCGGUGCCGAUGGUAUUGCAACUCUACAAGCACAGCUUGAUACUUCGAGGGCAGAGCUGCGUGAGGCUCGGCGGAUCUUCAAGGAGUUGGCGAAUGCUAGUCUGGCUGCGUCUUUGUCACUGGUGCAGGAGUCGAGGAGGGGUGAGUAG